CGGCGCGCGCUAUUCCCGGAAAUCACCGUCGUGGUCUCCGGCGCUGCUGUCUCCGCUGCUGCCGUGGUGCCUGCGGAACUCUUGCGAGUGCAACGGCUGAGGCGGGACCGGGCAGGGCCGGUGUUCCGGCCACCCUGCAGAAUGGAGAUAAUCAGGAGCAAUUUUAAGAGUAAUCUUCACAAAGUGUACCAGGCCAUAGAGGAGGCGGACUUCUUUGCCAUCGAUGGGGAGUUUUCAGGAAUUAGUGACGGACCUUCAGUCACCACAUUAACAAAUGGUUUUGACACUCCAGAAGAAAGGUAUCAGAAGCUUAAGAAGCAUUCCAUGGACUUUCUGCUGUUUCAGUUUGGCCUUUGCACUUUUAAGUAUGACUACACAGAUUCAAAGUAUAUAACAAAGUCAUUCAACUUCUAUGUUUUCCCGAAACCCUUCAAUCGAUCCUCACCAGAUGUCAAAUUUGUUUGUCAGAGCUCAAGCAUUGACUUUCUAGCAAGCCAAGGAUUUGAUUUUAAUAAAGUUUUUCGCAAUGGGAUUCCAUAUUUAAAUCAAGAAGAAGAAAGACAGUUAAGAGAGCAGUAUGAUGAAAAACGUUUACAGUCCAAUGGUGCAGGAGCUCUGUCUUACGUAUCUCCUAACACGUCAAAAUGUCCUGUGACGAUUCCUGAGGAUCAGAAGAAGUUUAUUGACCAAGUGGUAGAGAAAAUAGAAGAUUUAUUAAAAAGUGAAGAAAACAAGAACUUGGACUUAGACCCAUGUACCGGGUUCCAAAGAAAACUAAUUUAUCAGACUUUGAGCUGGAAGUAUCCCAAAGGCAUUCAUGUUGAGACUUUAGAAACUGAAAAGAAAGAACGAUACAUAGUUGUCAGCAAAGUGGAUGAAGAAGAACGUAAAAGAAGAGAGCAGCAGAAACAUGCUAAAGAACAGGAAGAACUGAACGAUGCCGUGGGAUUCUCUAGAGUCAUUCAUGCCAUUGCUAAUUCAGGGAAACUUGUUAUUGGACACAACAUGCUCUUGGAUGUCAUGCACACAGUCCAUCAGUUCUACUGCCCCCUGCCUGCGGACUUAAAUGAAUUUAAGGAGAUGACAACAUGUGUUUUCCCCAGACUCUUGGAUACUAAAUUGAUGGCCAGCACACAACCUUUUAAGGAUAUCAUUAACAACACAUCCCUUGCAGAAUUGGAAAAGCGAUUAAAAGAGACACCUUUCACCCCUCCUAAAGUUGAAAGUGCAGAAGAUUUUCCAAGUUAUGACACAGCUUCUGAACAGCUCCACGAGGCAGGCUAUGAUGCUUAUAUCACAGGACUGUGUUUUAUCUCCAUGGCAAACUACCUAGGUUCUUUUCUUAGUCCUCCAAAAAUUCAUGUGUCUGCCAGAUCAAAACUCAUUGAACCUUUUUUUAACAAGUUAUUUCUUAUGAGAGUCAUGGAUAUCCCCUAUCUAAACUUGGAAGGACCAGACUUGCAACCUAAGCGCGAUCAUGUCCUCCAUGUGACAUUCCCCAAAGAAUGGAAAACCAGCGACCUUUACCAACUUUUCAGUGCCUUUGGUAACAUUCAGAUAUCCUGGAUUGAUGACACAUCAGCAUUUGUUUCUCUCAGCCAGCCUGAUCAAGUACAAAUUGCUGUCAAUACCAGCAAAUAUGCAGAAAGCUAUCGGAUCCAGACUUAUGCAGAAUAUGUGGGAAAAAAACAUGAGGAGAAGCAGAUCAAGAGAAAGUGGCCAGAAGAGAGUUGGAAGGAGGUUGAGAGAAAGCGGUUAAACACUCAGUGCGUGUCCUACGCUCUGCAGAAUCACUGUUACCGCACCAACAGUCUUACAGCCACCAGCACAGUAGGGAAGAGAAAGCUGAGUCCCAGUCAAGCAGAAGCUGGCUUGGAGUCCAGAGUAUCGGGCGAGUUUUCUGACCCUGAGCUUGAGCAGACUGAUUCCUGUGCAGAAUCACCCUCAGAGGGAAGGAAAAAGGCCAAGAAAUUUAAAAGAAUGAAGAAGGACUUUCCUCCAGCAGGAAGCAUCUCGGACAGCUCUGCCAAGCUCUUUGAAGUUCCUGACACGUGGUAACAAAGACCUGAGCGAAACAAAUCGUGGGUGCUGUAGCUGAGAAAGAGCCAGCCGGCACGUUGGGAAGCCAUACUGUGUCUAAUAAGUGUGGUGUGGGAGGGUUUUGAAACCAGGUGUGUCUCUUGAAAAAAAAACCCCAGCUUUUAUUUUUUGCGGCUGUGUUUUUUUUUUCCCCUCUCUUUUUAAUGUAAACUGUCUGCUCACACUCAGCACAAUUCUGGGCUGUUGUGAACGUGUACAUUAUUAAUCAGUUAUUCAUUGCUCAUGGGAAACCUUCCCUGUCAUGAAUUUAGUGUGUUCAGGAAUCCACCUGAUGGGGAAUGUCAGCUGUGAAAUACGCAGAAAGAGCUGAUGUUCCUGGGUUCUGCAAUCAUGAAUUUGGGCUUGAACUCCAACUUCCUGCUGCAAGAGGUUCUCAACACCGACUUGUACUCAGAUUCGGGGGCACUCAUAGCACGUGGUCACCUUGUCCCAGUGGAGACAUCAGUUUGUGUCCGUCUGCUUCCUACCUUCGAUGCCUGAAAAUAUGGAGCUCUCAAGCUUAUUUUUCCAGUAGGAAAAUCUCUACCCACAUCAACCCAUAAAGGAGCUUAACAUAUGCCUUGGCCUUGGGGCAUAUUUAUUUAGAGUUAUUUUUCCUAAGAUGUGAGUUUCUCAUGGCAGGACAAGUAAAAAAGUUAAUUUCUGUUUUUA